AUGGAUAUUGAUUUAAAUGAUGAGUUGCAAAACUCAGUGCAAAUGACAAAGGAUGAUAAUUCAAAAUAUUUGCUACAAUAUAUACUGGCAGUACAAGGUGUUUGCCAUGAAAACGUGUUACUAUUAGCAUUAAUGAAAUUAAAGAUAGAUCAACAACAAUUCGAUAAGAGUUGGUCUAUAACCCAAUGGUUAGAUUGCUUGAAAAAAUAUAUUGAAGAGAUUAACGUUAAAUUGAGUCCAUUAUUGUAUAAAUUGGUAUUAGUGAAUCAUGACAUUGGGAAAGAUGCUGUAGAUGCACAUAUUAAACAAAAAUUCCAACAGUUUAUAUUAAGUGUAAAUCAUAUUAGUCUUAAUGAUUCUUUAACAAGUAAUAUGAUAGAUAAUGAAGCCAUGAUGCAAGUAGCUUCAGGAUCUCUUUCUUUACCACAAAGUAAUAAAUACUAUGUAUAUAUUAACACACAAUCUACUAAUGAAACCAAACUUGCAACAAAAUUUACUACAAAGGAAAUUGAAUUUAUUAAAUGGGCUAUUGAACAAUUUGUCACUCAAGGAGAUAUCAUUGAAUAUAAGCCUCCACAAUUAACCUCUAGUAUCAUUGGCAAUGUAAAUAAUAUUUUAAAUGAUAUCGAUUCAAAUGCAUUGACGACAGAAGGUUGGAAUCAUUUUAUUACUUAUUCAACUGGGUCUACACAAUUAUCCCAAUUUGCAGAUAUGUCUCCAUUAGAAGUAGAACAUGUCCUUCGACAAUUAUGUGAUUAUAAGUGGUUUUAUAGGACUUCCGAAGGUAAAUUUGGUAUGGAUAUUAGAUGUAUAGCAGAACUUGAAGAAUUCCUCGCAUCCACUUAUAACUUAAGUGCCUGUAACAUUUGUAAAAAAAUUGUUCAAAUUGGUGUUACUUGUGGUAAUAUCGAUGAACAUUUCAGUAAAGAAUACGAUGGUAGUGAUGAAGAUAACGAUACUGAUAAUGAUAAUGAUAAUAGUCCCAAAAAAAUGGUAUGGCAUGUCGAUUGUUUCAAAUAUUAUUUGGCUCAUGUGAGUCAUGAUUGCAAAGGAUGUGGAAAAUCAUUAUUGACUGGAGGUAUGUAUAUAUUAUAA